AUGGGGUGCGGUUCAUCGGGUCACGUGGUUGAACCGGAGAGAGAUGCCAAAACUGGCACUGACAAUGCCAGAAAUGGCACUAACGGCCAUGGCACUAAUGGCUUCAACCAUCAUAACGAUGACGUUCCCACCGUCUUGUUACCCGAAACUCCUAUGAAACCUAAACCACCUGUGGCGUAUGAGAUACCUUUAGAGGAAUUCGAUGGAGCUCGUCGUUCUAGUCCACCUCCUCAUCUUCAGAGAUUACUCCAGCAUCCAGCGGCUGAAAUAAGCCUCCCAGACAUAGAAGAGAAAUUAGCUGAGGCGGAACAACGGAGAUUAAUGAUAUUACAACAACGGGCAGCCUCCGCACAGAAAAAGACCCAGGGGAUGAUGAAAGCCUUCGAAAACGGAAACAACAGAUUGGCUUGCCUGUUGGCUGUGGUCGCUUGUGGAAGUUGUUCCGGCAUCGGCUAUGGACUCGGUAGUAUUGGCCUGCCACUACCUAUCUAUAGUCAGCCGAUUAUAAGGGAGAAGAUAAUCAAGGUCGCCCCUAUUGUUCCGAUUAUCAAGGCAGCUCCUAUCAUUAAGAGUGUUGCUUACUCUCCGAUUAUUUCUCCCCCUGUAUUAAAAUCGGUGCCGAUAUCUAGCGUCAGCCUUGGAAACUACGGUCUGGGAAGCUACGGUUUAGGAACUUACGGCCUUGGAGGCUACGGUCUCUCAAGCUACGGUCUUGGAGGCUACGGUCUCGGAGGCUAUGGAGGUUACGGCAAAAUCUACGGUCAUUAA